AUGAGUGAAUCGUUAAAUUUUAAUCUAAAGUUAUACAGAGAAAGAUUGGUCGAUAAAUACUCAAAGUCUCCUGUAGAAACAAGAUUUGAUUCAUCAAAAAUUGAAAGCCAAAGGAAGACUCCAAUAAAAAGGGAUCAAGCUAAGUAUUUAUAAGUUGAAUAAGCAGUACUCCUUCAUUGAACAAUUUAGUAAAUAAACUGCAAGAAUACAGUAGCAAGAAAGCAAAAUAAAACGAUUCAUUUUUAUUUAAGUCAGGUAAAAGCAAUCAAAAUUCGUCUCCAAGUAAAAUUAAUGGAUUGCAUUAAAAGUAACUAUUCUAUAUGUUACACCUAGAAUAUAAUCAAUAUCUUCCUUAUCACCUCCACCUUAAUAAAAUAACUUAUAAUUCCCAGCUAAGGGUCAUUAAUAUUCGAUAACCUAAUUUAGUGGAAUAGUGUCACCUCAGAAAUCAAGCUUUAUAAGUCCAACUCAUUUUUCCUAAAUUACAGAUAGAUAUGAACAAUAAGAGUCCAUAACUGAUAUUUCAAGCCUUAUUCCUUUGCAUGAGAUUGUUAAUAUGCGAACUAAAUUAGAAAAUGCAAAUAUUAAUGUUGCUAACAUCACGCCAACAUACUUGACCGAAUUUAUUAAGUUAGCAAACACAAUUCAGUCGUAACUAAAACCUAAUAAAAAACAAGGUUGA